AAUGGCGUCGCAGCGGGCUCUGCGUACGAGAUACUAGUAUGACGAUGAUAACAUUUGCAGCAUCUAUGCACACAGCACGACCUGAGUGUAAUACAUUCCAAGAUGGUCAGGUGUAAGUUGUGGAUCGCAGGCAAAUCAGCUCGUCACAUAAUCAUGCUAUAUGGCUUGACAUUUCUUUUAAUUUUGCCAUUGAUUUGUUCAAAUCUUCAGUUUUCUAUUUAUAACUUUACUAGCAUGGAUUCUAAGGCUGGACGAGACCAGAUGCUUAAAGAAAAUCAGAUGCGCAUCCUUGAAAUACAGAAAAAGAAGCAUUUUAUUGAAAAUACAGACAUACUUGAGAGAAUGAGAAAUUGGACAUCACCAGAUUUGGCUAUCACUAUUAUAACAACUGCAAGAAAUCAAGGAGCAGACAACUACAAUCCAUUGUAUCUUACACAGGUUGUGUGGAAGAUGUUAUGGUUGAUCUACGAAGGACAAAGAAACAAUAUUGUUGACUUGAAGGUUUCCUUUUCUGUGUGUAAUGUUGAUGGAUAUCCAGAGGUACACAAAGAAGCCAUGGAUCUUACAUAUUUUCUUUAUGUUAACAACAAAUACCAAGAUAAACAUGAUAAAAGCUUUAAAACAUGGAACAUCUUUGAAAAAGAAAAGCAAGAUUAUGUUUACUGUCUAAAUUCUUCCCUUGAACAGAACCCAAAAUUCAUUCUUGUUGUUGAAGAUGAUUCCUACCCUGAGGAUGAUUUAUUUAUUGUGUUGAAGACCCUUAUAAGCUCUGGUACACCAGUUCACAAAAAACAUUAUGGCCUUUCUUCUAAGCAUGGCAAGCAAUUCAAGAUUGGUGAUUCAAUAUAUGUUAAGCUUUUCCACCCAGAGCGGUUAAUAGGCUACAUCAGUUUGGAACCAGAUCGCCUUUCUGAGUUAUUUGGCAUUAGUUCACUUUUUGGAACAGUUCUCUUGGUGGUUUACAGAUAUACAAUAAAUAAACGAAUUGCAUCUGAGUCUCUGUACCAUAGAAAUGUGCUUUGGCUGUCCCUUUUUAUAUAUGUAGCAUUAGUUGUUAUGGCAGUAGGACGGCCGCAUCUCCUAAAAUUUAGGCGGCUUUUGUCACCUCACUUAUACAGUUUUAUGUCAGCGCCUGAAUGCUGCACUCCUGCAAUGUUAUUUCCACAUCAUGGAGCUCAAGAAGUUGUGGAGCAUCUAAGCAGCCAAAGUUGUUAUCCAAGCAAUGGCAAAGAUACAGUUUUAGACAAGUACAUCAAAGCUAAAAAUAAAAAAGCAUUUAUUGUCCAGCCCAAUUUGUUUAAACAUAUUGGAUUUUUUUCUUCUUUACGGCAAAAGUUUUUAAAUCCUUAUGUGGUAUGAAAAUAACACUAAGUAAGCAUAUAGAGUGUUCACACUUAAACCGUGCAAAGUCAAAGUAAAUAGUGUUAUAUUAAGUAAAACGURCAUGCGGUAUGAAAAUUAAAUUGAAUUGAUGCAAAUGAAGCAUUCAAUACCGUCUCGCUUUAGGUCCACUAUUAGUACAAAUUGGAACUAUACUUAGAUUUUGUACAGUUGCACGGUUUAAGUGCAAUCACUCUUAUGUCCAGUUAACACAAUAAACCUGAGUAAUCGUAAUCUUUGUACUAUUUUGUGCAAUUUUAGUAAAUGGUUCACAUUAAAAAAAGGGAAUUCAAACGA